GGUAAAACAGGUUUUGGUAUGCCACGCAAUACAGCUCUCAAUGUACAGUUUGCUGAUAAUGGCAAAAAAUGGACAAUUGAACAGCUACGAGCUACCGACUCAAUUAUUAGAUUGCAGUCCGGUACAAACAAGUGUGAUUCUCAGAAAGGAAUGACGGGUUUUGGAACGCCUCGUGAUGUUCGAGGCAAGCACUUGAAACGCUUAUGGGAGCUGGAAUUCCCGGAAGAAGCACUGGACGAAUCACGGAAUGGAACAUCUCCGGAUGCUGCGCCACCAGCUGAAGAGCAAGAGCCCCGGAAGGUGCCACCAGUUGCACCACCAAAACCAUCCCAGUAG